GAAUUGGAACUCAAUGGAGUGUUAGAAGAAAUUGAAAGCGCUAGACGGACAUUGAAAGAACUGCAAGAUCGUCGAAACGUUCGAGUUUUUCUACCCCAUGAACCGUUGCACUUUCGGGAUGAAGAACCUCAUACGCCUACCAGAAAUAAUCAGCUUUUAUCACCACUAACCAUUGAAACUGCAAUAGAUUUUAGCCGUUGUUCUAUCACAACGUUUAUGCCCCUGUACAUAUUUAACCUCACCGUUUUAUCUUCUACUAUGAUUGGUUUCAAAGAUGAGCUUGCAUUGCAAGGAAUCAUCGUUAACAAUCCUGCCAAUGCUUGUAUAUCAGUAGGAUCACCAGAAAUAUCGCCCAUUUUAUUGAAUUCUGGCCGUAACACGGUUAUUAUGAACUUUGGAAAGCCAUUCAGCAUAACUGACUCUUUUGCUAUAAUGGUGCAGCAGUUCAACACAAAUAUUGUCAGGCCUGCCGAUUACAAUUUAUAUCUCGAUGUACCAGCAUAUAAACCUUCUGCCUGGAAAGACCUGCCUAAUUUACUACCUUAUUCCCGCAAGUUCUUUCUUUUCGUCUUUGUCCCAUCUGAAGCAAGUGAUCUGUAUUCAUACUUAUCGAAUGAUCUUUCUCAUCUCAAUGCCUCAGCCCUGUCUUCAGGAGACAACGUGAAGAUAUUGAAUUGUUCUAGCUCUUUUUAUAAUGCAUCAUGUGAUUCUGAAGAUGAAUUAGGAGACAUUGCUCGAAGUUCAACGUUUUGCGUCUUUUUGAGCCGUAAUGACCAUACUCGCUUUUUUUGGAAGUCGUUACGAUUUGGGUGCAUUCCGACCACAUUGAUUGGCGACGGGCAUCAGUUCGCAUCCCCUUGGCUCGAUUUCCCGAACUUCAUUUCAUUCUGCGCUCUUUCGAAAUGGCAGAAGUCCUAG